UGUUCAGUUUUUGUCCUGUGUUCCAUAGAGCUGUGCUCCUCCGUGAUUUCCUGUAUUGAUGAGUCCUUUUGAUUAGCUUUUCUCCUCUCCAUCCGUACACUGCUACUGAGAUCAGGAUGGAUCAUGAUCGAGACAUGGGCAACAGUCGUCACCGUUAUGAUGAGGAGGAGGAUCAUCAGUCUAUCUACAUUGGUGUGCCAGUGCCUCCCGGUUACCGUCGCAAACGCAGGAGGAGACGUUCGUCCAUGUUGAGUCAUGAUGCAGAUGUAGAACGAGGACUUAGACACGACCAUCAGAGACACGAACACUAUGACUGUGAUAACAGAGACCGGUACGAUCUCGAGGCAGGAGGCCUGGAUCAACCAGAACACAAUCUGCCACCAGACAUCAACAGAAUCAUGUCCCCAGCAGCAGAGCGGCUGCGCUACAUUUUGGGGGAUGAUGAGGACACCAUGCCCACACCCACUCUCUUCACUGAGAUGGACACACUGCAACACGAGGGCGAUGAGCUGGAGUGGAAAGAAUCAGCUAGGUGGGUGAAGUUUGAGGAAAAGGUUGAGGAAGGUGGUGAGAGAUGGAGCAAACCCCACGUUUCUACGCUCUCCCUGCACAGCCUGUUUGAACUGCGGACAUGCCUACAGACAGGCACCGUGCUGCUGGACCUGGAGGGAUAUUCACUACCACAGAUAAUCGAUGACAUCAUCGAACGUCAGAUAGAGGAAGGGUUGAUUGGUCCUGAGCUGAGAGAUAAAAUCAGCUUUGUCCUGUUGAGAAAGCACAGACACCAGACAAAGAAGCCCAUCCAUCGCUCUCUUGCAGAUCUGGGCAAGUCUGGCUCUGGAGUCACUCGGAGCCCAGCCCGAUCCCCCGUUGCUGGAGCAAAUUUUAACUGCUCUACAGAAGAUCUUCGAAGCAAACAAGCAGCCAACUAUGGCCGACUACGCCACGCUCAGAGCAGAAGUAUGAAUGACAUUGCAGACACACCAAGCACAGACCAGCUGAAGAACAAGUUUAUGAAAAAAAUCCCCAGAGAUGCAGAGGCAUCAAAUGUUCUGGUUGGAGAAGUGGACUUCUUGGAAAAACCCUUUGUUGCCUUCGUUCGGCUGUCUCAGGCCACCACUCUUGGAGGUCUGACGGAAGUCCCAGUGCCCACCAGAUUCUUGUUUGUGCUACUUGGUCCUCCUGGCAAAGCCAAAUCUUACAAUGAGAUUGGACGUGCCAUUGCCACGCUCAUGGUGGAUGAUCUCUUCAGUGAUGUAGCAUAUAAAGCCAGGGACCGAGAGGAUCUGAUUGCUGGCAUUGAUGAGUUUCUGGACGAGGUGAUUGUGCUUCCACCUGGAGAAUGGGACCCCAAAAUUCGCAUAGAACCCCCCAAAAAAAUUCCCUCAGCAGACCAAAGGAAGUCUGUGUUUUCCCUCAAUGAGCUGGGUCAGAUGAAUGGGACAGCAGGCGGCGGAGGGCCUGUUAGCGAGGAUGAAGAGAUGCCUGUUCCACAUGAGCUUGGCGAAGAGCUGGCAUAUACAGGGAGGUUCUGUGGCGGCCUUUUCCUUGACAUCAAGAGGAAGCUCCCCUGGUACCUGAGCGACUUUUAUGAAGGCUUCCACAUUCAGUCCAUCUCUGCAGUGCUCUUCAUUUACCUGGGCUGCAUUACCAAUGCAAUCACCUUUGGGGGCCUUCUAGGGGAUGCCACAGACAAUUACCAGGGUGUGAUGGAGAGCUUUUUGGGCACCGCUCUAGCAGGAACGGUAUUCUGCUUGUUUAGCGGUCAACCGCUCAUUAUUCUCAGCUCAACGGGCCCCAUCCUCAUCUUUGAGAAACUGCUUUAUGAAUUCAGCAAAAAUAAUGGGAUUGAUUACAUGGAGCUUCGACUGUGGAUCGGAAUACACUCCUGCGUGCAGUGCCUUUUCCUGGUCGCAACGGAUGCCAGCUACAUCAUAAAGUACAUGACGCGUUUCACCGAGGAAGGCUUCUCUAGCCUCAUCUCCUUCAUCUUCAUCUCUGAUGCCAUCAAGAAGAUGGUGGGAACUUUCAAAUACUAUCCCAUCAACAUAGACUUCAAACCAGACUACGUUACGGCCUACAAGUGCGAGUGUUUGGCACCAGACACGAUCCCAGUGCCAGAUAAUUCCUCUGCUCUCUUUGGUUUGAAUAUAACAGCUCUGGACUGGACUCAGCUGAGUAAGAAGGAGUGUGUGAAGUAUGGAGGCUCACUGGUAGGAAAAUCCUGCAAGUAUGUUCCAGAUCUUGCUCUCAUGUCCUUCAUUUUGUUCUUCGGGACCUACACUAUGACUGUAACUCUGAAGAAGUUCAAAUUCAGUCGCUAUUUUCCCACAAAGCUUAGGAAGUUGAUUAGUGACUUCUCCAUCUUCAUGUCCAUCAUGACAUUUGUGGGGCUGGACAUGCUAAUAGGUUUGGAAACUCCCAAACUCAUUGUGCCCACAGAGUUCAAGCCCACACGCGCUGACCGGGGUUGGUUUGUGAUGCCAUUCGGAAAGAAUCCGUGGUGGGUUUACCUGGCAAGCUCCGUCCCUGCACUUCUCGUCACCAUCCUCAUCUUCAUGGAUCAGCAGAUCAGUGCUGUCAUUGUCAACCGCAAGGAAAAUAAGCUAAAGAAAGGUUGUGGGUAUCACCUGGAUCUAUUGUGGGUGGGCUUUCUGAUGGUAGCCUGCUCUUUUAUGGGCCUGCCGUGGUACGUGGCGGCCACUGUCAUUUCCAUCGCUCACAUUGACUCACUGAAGAUGGAGAGCGAGUCUAGUGCUCCAGGAGAACAGCCGCAGUUUCUGGGUGUGAGAGAACAAAGGCUGACAGGAAUCCUGGUCUUUGUGCUGACAGGAGUGUCUAUCUUCUUGGCCCCCAUCCUGCAGUUCAUUCCUAUGCCGGUCUUGUAUGGAGUCUUCCUCUACAUGGGUGUUGCUUCUCUUAGUGGCAUCCAAGUAAGUGCCUUUAGGGAUCUAACCUUUUCCCAACCCCUCCUCCUUCUCCUCACAGCCAUUACCAAUCUGUUUGGAACAGCUCUGAUAGCCGAUGUACUUUUAUUGUUUUUGACAUUCCUACGUUUUAAUAUCAUAGAAAAUGUUCAAACCAUACAGGGAAAACAUUACAACUUGCACUUUGUGUGAGAGUGUAACACUCAUUUGCA